UUCAACGUAACGUACUUACAAUGUCAACGGCUAAGUGAUAUAGCGUGAUACCAUGUGCGUGCAUCAAAGAAGUGAUUUCUACUUACUAUUAUGAAAAAUUAAUGAUAGAAAUGCAUUACACGCGUCAUAUUAUCGAGUUUAUAGUUAAAGUUCGAAUGAAUUGAUAUUCGCAACGAUACAAGUGUUGCAAAAUUGGAAUAAUUGAUAGAAAGUUGUCGCGAACCUGUUGGCGUGGUUUGUAUACAUGACGAAAUAUUUUAAUUUCUCUUGAAACGAAUUCUAUAUCAAUUUGAAGAUGACAUCGUUAUCGUUGCUGGCGAGUCACGAUGAAGUGGUUCGAUGUAUGAAUGUACACCUAAACGGAGCUUGCGAAGAAGAAUUUCUAAAGUUUGCUGUAAAUCAGGAAGAAAUGAGACAGAAAUGGUUAGCAUCUAUACAAGAAUGUCAACGUCUUCAUUCAGCUUUAGAGAAAUCUCAUCAAGAGGCAGCUGACUUAGAUAAAAAAUUAAGUCACGCUAGAAGACUUCUAGAUGAAGAGAAAAGGAGAAGGCGUACCGUUGAAGAACAACGAAAUUCAUUGGAAAAACAAAUUGCUAUGGCCAGAGAUCUUUUAUUUAAUGAUGGUGGGAGAAAUUUAAACGAUGAAACCCGCGAAAAAUUACAAUUUUUGAAUAGCACUACGUUAAAUGGUCGUCACAGUAAUAUAUAUAAUAUAAAGGAUGUACAUCAAAAUGACAAAUUAAAUACUAUAGCGGAGCUGGACUCCACUGGCUCUAUUUUAAGUGACUUAAGUUGCUUUUCGAAGUCAGAAGAUGAUUUAGAUAUUAGUGCAAUCAUUCAACAAAAUCAUAAGAAACGUGAAUGGAAAGAGCACAGACCAAGUGGCGAAUAUUCCACGAAGAAGCGACGUAGUACAGUACAAAAAGCUGCAGAGUUAACUUCGUCUGAUAGAAUAGUAGCCACAACUACAGUAGUGAUGCCAAAAGAUGGCAAUAUCACUGCAUCUUCUGUAAUUGAAGCUAUACCUGGGGAUGAAAACAUAGAUCCACAAGAACCUUUACAUAAUUCGCGUAAAAGGCGUAAAAGUGGUGAUCGUAGUAAAUCAAAAUUAACACCCGUUGAUACAAAUGAUAUUCAAAUGGAUACUGCUCCUUCUGCGCCAAAAAUAGAAGCUCUUACAUCAGGAUCAGAUUCUGAGGGCGUUUUUAAACCUAGUCCAAACAUAGGCGGAUACACUUUAAAUACGAAAUCAGCUAGAGGGCAUAGCUUUGUAGCGAAGACGGUAAUUAAACCGGAAGUCUGUACACCAUGUGACAAGAGGAUUCGAUUUGGAAAGGUAGCCCUGAAAUGUAAAGACUGUAGAGCUACGGCUCAUAUGGAAUGUAAAGACUUAGUUCCAUUACCAUGUGUACCUAAUGGAAAUACACCUACACUACGAGGAACAUCAGGAACGAUAGCAGAUUAUACACCGAUGAUCCCCCCAAUGGUACCGUCAUUGGUUGUUCAUUGCAUCAACGAAAUAGAAUUGAGAGGAAUGAGCGAACAAGGAUUGUACAGGGUAAAUGGCGGUUUAACGGAGGUAAAAUGUCUAAAAGAGAAAUUCCUUAAAGGCAAAGGUGCCCCCAAUCUUUCCGAUGUCGAUAUAUCUACCAUAUGUUCUACUCUUAAAGAUUUCCUUAGAUCGUUACGAGAGCCGUUAAUCACUGUCGGAUUAUGGGCAGACUUUGUUCGGGCAACUACUAUUACUGAUAAACAAGAUGCUGAUGCUGCAUUAUACCAAGCAAUUUCUGAACUACCUCAACCUAACAGAGACACGCUUGCCUUUUUAAUCUUGCACUUACAAAGAGUAUCAAGUAGUCCAGAAUGUAAGAUGCCAAUAACUAAUUUAGCUAAAGUUUUUGGGCCUACUUUGGUCGGCUAUAGUUGCCAGAAACCAUCGCCCAAUUCUCUUCUUUCAGAGACAAGUAAUCAAGUUGCUAUAGUGGAAAAUUUAUUGAAAAUACCUUCGGAUUAUUGGGCAAAUUUCGUUAAUCCCGAAAAUCUAAACAAUAUUGGUACUCAUAGAACUGGUGAAUUACAGCAUACACCAUCUCAGGAAUCUUUACUUAAACGCAGCAUUUCCCGUGGCUUCUUUAAUACUCCACUUACUUCUAGUCGGACAUUUAUGAGGAAAAACAAGAAAUACUUCGCGGCAUCUCCCUCUAGAGUAGCUUACUGACAAGAAUAGGUAUGUAUUUAAAUUAUGCUUACAUCGAGAUGCAAAUAAUUUCUAAAUAAUUAUUGACUCUUUGAACAUAAAUAAUUAAUAUUUGUUCAAUGUGCAACAUAAUUUUUCUACAUUCUAUUUAAAAUUUUGUAAUAUUUUGACAUAAAAUAUAUUUUUAUGUAACGUAUGGUACGAAAUAAUACUAGAACAUUAGAAAUAGAAUAUUAAAAAUAAGCAAAAUUAAAAUGUUAAUAAUAUAUUAUGUUAAAUACUCUUUAUGAUGACUUUAAGCGUGUGAAAGUAUGUGGUGACGUUAAUACGAACCCCCAGUAUUUCUCUGAAUUGAGAUUAAAAUACAAUUAUAUAGCACUAGGCGAAUAUAGACAUUAAGGCGAAAUGUUAUAAGUGUAGAAUUAAAUAAAUGUGAUAUUUUUGUUAAUAACAACAUUUCUAAAAAUGUUCGGUUCAAUAAAAAUACAGACCAUUUUAUUUCAA